CUCUCCCAAACCCUACCUCCGCGACUCAAGAUUCACUCCGACGUCCAGCUUCUCUUCAUCGUCUAAUUCGUCGCCGCCGUCGAGUUUUAAACCGAUCCCGUACUCGAUCUCGGGGAGGGAGGCGAAGUAUUCGGGAGCUAGGAGGAAAGUGACAUUCGAUGCGCUGAGAUCGGCGAAGGAUGAGAAGAAGGCGGGAUUGGGAUCGGAGGCGGCUGCGGCGGUUGGGGAUGAGAAGAAGAAGGGGAUUGGUGGAAGGUUUGGGGAUUUUUCGGCUGCGGUUAAGAUCCGAUGGCCGAUGACGGUCAUCGUUGCGAUCACUGUUACAUGCUUCACUUCUCUGCUUCAUAAAAAUUUUUCUUUGCAGAAUCAGCUUAGGAAUUUACAGGACCAGCUGUCCAUGCUCAAUGUUAGACUAAAUGAAUGCAAUAUAUAUGAUCCCAUGGGAGUUGUUGGUAAUGCCUCUGAAGAGAGAAACCAUAUUCCAAACAAAAAUCUAAAAAAUUCUGCUCUGGUUUUCUCACUUAUUAUUUUGUCCAUUCCUCUCAUUAUUCUCAAGUAUAUUGACAGCAUGUCAAGGUUGCGGAACUCAUCAGAUUCUGAAGAAGUUUCCCUUAACAAGCAGCUAGCAUAUCAAGUUGAUUUGUUUUUAUCAGUUCAUCCAUAUGCUAAACCUCUAGCUCUUCUUCUAGCAACUUUACUGCUGAUAUGCCUUGGUGGUUUGGCCCUCUUUGGUGUGACAGAUGAUAGUUUAGCUGACUGCCUGUGGUUAUCUUGGACUUAUGUUGCUGAUUCAGGCAAUCAUGCAAAUUCAGUUGGUAUUGGUCCCAAGUUGGUCUCAGUUUCGAUAAGUUUUGGCGGAAUGCUCAUAUUUGCCAUGAUGCUAGGGCUUGUUUCUGAUGCAAUCUCAGAGAAGUUUGAUUCUUUGAGAAAGGGAAAAAGUGAAGUUAUAGAGAAAAAUCACACACUAAUUCUUGGCUGGAGCGACAAGCUGGGAUCUUUGUUGAAUCAACUUGCAAUUGCCAAUGAGAGUUUGGGUGGUAGUAUUGUCGUUGUGAUGGCGGAAAGAGACAAGGAGGAGAUGGAGCUUGAUAUUGCUAAAAUGGAGUUUGAUUUCAAGGGAACAUCUGUCAUAUGCAGAAGCGGAAGUCCUCUUAUUCUCGCUGAUUUGAAAAAGGUUUCUGUUUCAACGGCUCGUGCUGUGGUUGUCCUUGCUGAAGAUGGAAAUGCUGACCUGAGCGACGCAAGAGCAUUAAGAACUGUUUUAAGCUUAAAUGGAGUUAAAGAAGGUCUAAGAGGACACAUAGUGGUGGAACUGAGUGAUCUAGAUAACGAAGUUUUGGUUAAACUUGUUGGUGGAGAUCUUGUUGAAACAGUAGUUGCUCAUGAUGUGAUUGGCCGUUUAAUGAUACAAUGUGCUCGUCAACCAGGCCUUGCUCAGAUUUGGGAAGAUAUCCUUGGCUUUGAGAACUGUGAGUUUUAUAUUAAAAGAUGGCCUCAAUUGGACGGAAUGCAGUUUGAAGAUAUAUUGAUAAGCUUUCCUGAUGCAAUUCCUUGUGGAAUAAAGGUAGCAUCAUGCGGUGGAAAGAUAAUUUUAAAUCCUGAUGAUUCCUAUGUUCUGCAAGAAGGGGAUGAAGUUCUUGUGAUAGCAGAGGAUGAUGAUUCUUAUGCUCCGACUACAUUGCCUAUGGUCUGUGGAGGAUAUCUACCUAAAGAUUUUAUUGUUCCCAAGUCCCAUGAAAGAAUACUCCUCUGUGGUUGGCGCCGAGAUAUGGAAAAUAUUAUCAUGGUGCUAGAUGCCUUUUUGGCACCUGAUUCAGAACUAUGGAUGUUCAACGAUGUGCCUGAGAAUGAGAGGGAAAGAAAGCUAGUUGAUGGUGGUCUUGACUUCAGCAGAUUAGAAAACAUAACUCUUGUCAAUCGUGAAGGAAAUGCUGUCAUCCGUCGGCACCUAGAGAGUUUACCUCUAGAAUCAUUUGAUUCUAUCUUGAUUUUGGCUGAUGAAUCUGUUGAAGAUUCUGCAAUUCAAGCUGAUUCAAGGUCCCUUGCAACACUGCUGCUAAUCAGGGACAUUCAGGCUAAGCGUCUUCCUUAUAAAGAAGCUUUGAUCUCACAUGUUGACCGAGGAAGCUUCUCACAAGGUUCUUGGAUUGGAGAAAUGCAACAAGCAUCUGAUAGAUCCGUCAUAAUUAGCGAAAUUCUGGAUCCUAGGACGAAAAAUUUAUUAUCUGUGUCCAAGAUCAGUGAUUAUGUACUAUCAAAUGAACUAGUAAGCAUGGCAUUAGCAAUGGUUGCAGAGGAUCGGCAAAUAAAUGAUGUUUUGGAAGAGCUCUUUGCAGAAGAGGGAAAUGAGUUGCAGAUAAGGCCAGCUGAUCUUUACCUACGAGAAGAGGAAGAAAUGAAUUUCUAUGAAAUAAUCCUACGUGCUAGACAAAGAAAAGAGAUUGUUAUUGGGUACCGCUUUGAGAAUGAAGAACAUGCCGUUAUUAACCCACCAAACAAGGAGGUUCGAAGAAAGUGGUCAGCUAAGGAUGUCUUUGUUGUCAUUGCCGAGAAGGAUUGAGCUCAAUAUUGUUAGCUUUCCUGUUGUAUUUUGUUCUGAUUGCAGAUGCAAUGGCAUAAUUCAAUGGAGUAAACUUUGAUCCAAGCUAAAGGAAAUGAAGGCUUAAAGGAUCUCGUAAUAUGCUUUGAUUGCCUGUUGUUUGCCCAUUUGACCAAAAUUCUGUAAAUAUGACCCAUGUAAUAUAUCUUCAUGUCCCCAAUUUUGUUGAGAGGAUCGGAGGAAACAGUGUUGUAUUAGAAUAAUAUGCCAAAAAUAGUUAGGAUAAAUAUGUAUAUUACACAAUGUUAAAUUCUUGAAGAGAAAGCAUUGUAGUAGCCCUUCCUCUUC